ACUUUUGACAUACUGAAAUGUGAAGUUGAACCUGAAAAUUCACAUCCGGCAAGAGAUUGUAAUGAUGAGUCUUUCUUUGUUGAAUUGUUGAAAUUGCGAAAUAAGAAAACAUUAGAAAUACUAAACGACAAGUAG